AUAUGUCCAAAAAUUUCAUUGCCUCGAAGCUCAAGCCUCGGAUAAAUUUAAUGUCAACAUUGAAUCGGCCAAGAUGAAUCCACGUCAACGUGCCUGAAAACAUUUCGAGCUUUACUACAUAUACCACAGCCAUGUCUGAUCCCUUGUUAACGUCUCUCUGUGUAAUAUGCCACAUCAAACCUCCACAGUACAAAUGCCCUCGGUGCGGCGCGCGAACAUGUUCGCUAGUUUGCGUCAAGAAACACAAGAAUUGGUCAUCCUGUAAUGGCGAACGCGACCCCACCGUGUAUAUACCGCCAGUGAAACUGCGAACGGACGCAGGCAUCGAUCAUGACUACAACUUUCUCACCAAAAUUGAGCGAACCAUCGAACGUGCCGAAAAAGCCUUAACCGAAGAGCGAGGCAUUGCACUACCAAGCCAGAAUGCGCCGCCACCGAACAAGCUACGCCGAUUAAACAAGGGUCAGAGCAGAGGAAAUGUCACAAUGGGCGAUGGAUCGCGCCCAUGGGCAAGAUCUGCUAUCCGAAGGUUGAAAGCUCUGGGAAUCAGUGUGAAGCAUGUUCCAAUGGGUAUGACUCGGGAGAGGGAGAACACGACAUCGUACAAUAAGAGGACCAAUACGGUCAACUGGCAAGUCGAAUGGCUGCUUCUGUGUCCCAGGUCUGAUGGCGAGGGACUCAGUCUCUUGAGGUUAGUAUGCAAAACCCUGGAUCAUAUACCACUCAAUGUUGGGUUUGCAGGCUGCCAAGAGGAACAUCGUCGCACGCAGCUAAGUCAAACGGAAAAGAAGAGAGACUCGAGGCAUACAAGGCAUCAGCGACGCAAGGACGGAGAUAACGACGAUACCCAGGAUACAUUUGCCGGCCAAAACAUGAAUUCUGUAUGGCGAACUGCACCACUGCCGAUACAAGAUACGGUGACCGGAACCUGGGAAAGAGCAGUGCAUGCGGACCGGAGGACACCCAGAGAGAAGCUUGCGGAUCAGGUGAAGCGCAAAUACCACUUCUACUUCCACGUUCCAGGCACCCCUUCCAGAGAGCCCCAGAAACUCAUCGAGUUAGAACCGACGGAUAGUCUGGGAACUGUCUUGUCGGGACUUGAAGUACUAGAGUAUCCAACCAUAUAUGUGGUGCCAAUCGGUGUCAAGCUUCCGGAUGGGUACAUUCUGGCCAAGAAACCCGAGAAAGCACCCGAGCAGAAGCCCCGGAAACAAGGCAGCUCGGAGUCAAGGAAGCGGAAAGGCUCAACGCUAGUAGGAUAUGGUUCUAGUGAUGAAGAGGAAGGGCAAGUGGUGGAGGGACAAGGAGAAGAAAGCGAGCCUGGAUUCGAAUUUGACGAUGGUAAGGCAGUGAGGGCGUUCCUUGAGGACGACGAUACCAGCAGUUCUGGGUUGGACAGUGACUAGAAAUAGUGUGUAAUAUCAUCGCGGUGGUCGGGCACCAGGAGAUUUCGAUUUAAGAGGGAUAGGAGAGAUACCCCUCCGUACUAUAUGCGAGGCCA